UUUCAGAACCAUGGCUCCAAAUGGAAAAAUGCGUGAAAUAGUUUCGAUUCAUAUCGGCCAAGCCGGUGUUCAAAUCGGAAAUGCCUGUUGGGAACUGUAUUGCUUGGAACACGGAAUCACUCCAGACGGUCUUAUGCCUGAUGAUACAAGCUAUGGAGUUGAGGAUCAAUCGUAUAAUACCUUCUUUUCGGAGACUCCAUCUGGAAAACACGUACCACGUGCCAUUUUUGUUGACCUCGAACCGACUGUCAUCGAUGAGGUACGCACAGGAACUUACGCAAAGCUCUUCCAUCCAGAGCAAUUAAUCAGUGGAAAAGAAGAUGCAGCAAAUAAUUAUGCACGUGGACAUUAUACAAUUGGAAAAGAACUCAUUGAUGUUGUAAUGGAUCGUGUUCGUCGUUUGACAGAAAGAUGUCAGUCACUUCAAGGAUUUCUCAUUUUUCAUUCAUUCGGUGGUGGAACUGGAAGUGGAUUUACUUCUCUUGUUAUGGAGAGAUUAUCGAUUGAUUAUGGAAAGAAGGCAAAGUUGGAAUUUAGUAUUUAUCCAGCUCCUCAGAUCAGUACAUCAAUGGUAGAGCCAUACAAUUCACUUUUGACAACUCAUACAACAUUGGAACAUUCGGAUUGUUCAUUUAUAAUGGAUAAUGAGGCAAUUUAUGAGAUAACAAAAGUGAAUCUAGGUGUCAGAAGUCCAACAUAUACUCAUUUAAAUCGUCUUUUGGCACAAGUUGUAUCAUCAAUUACUGCUUCACUUCGUUUCGAUGGAGCGUUGAAUGUUGAUUUGACAGAGUUUCAGACUAAUUUGGUUCCAUAUCCCCGUAUUCACUUUCCACUUGUCACAUAUGCUCCAAUCAUUUCGGCAGAAAAAGCAUAUCACGAACAACUGUCGGUGUCUGAAAUCACAAAUGUGUGCUUUGAACCAGGAAGUCAAAUGGUGAAGUGUGAUCCAAGAAAUGGAAAGUAUAUGGCAUGUUGCCUUUUGUAUCGUGGAGAUGUUGUACCAAAAGAAAUUAAUUCUGCAAUUUCAACAAUCAAAACUAAAAGAGCAAUUCAAUUUGUGGAUUGGUGUCCAACUGGUUUUAAAGUUGGCAUCAAUUAUCAACCACCGACUGUUGUUCCAGGUGGUGAUAUGGCAAAGCUUCAACGUGCCGUGUGCAUGUUGUCAAAUACAACAGCAAUACAAGAAGCAUGGGCUCGUCUUGAUCAUAAAUUUGAUUUAAUGUACGCAAAAAGAGCAUUUGUUCAUUGGUAUGUUGGAGAAGGAAUGGAAGAAGGUGAAUUCUCUGAAGCAAGAGAAGAUAUGGCUGCAUUGGAAAAAGAUUAUGAAGAAGUUGGAGUUGAUUCAUUCGAUCCAAAUGAUGAAGAAUAUUAGGAUAUUCAAACAUUUUAAGACAGACAAUUUUAUUCAUUAUAUUUUUCGCAAUUUUCUGAGAAACCUUCUUAAAGGCACAAGGGUUCAUUUGGAUGGAUCUCGCCGCGAAACAAGAGUUUAUAGUUGUAUUUUUCGAUCUUUUCGGGGCCGUUUUUCAAAAAACAAAAACGUUGGACAUGAGAUAUUUAUAGAAACGUACUACAGGAAAAUGAAUAAACGGGAACUGAACGUUUUUUAGUCGGACUUUCCUAACUUUUCUCGUGGCCAGACCUUUCCGAAUAUAUCCGUGCGCCUCUAAAUACGCGUUUCAGAAAACUGCGAAAUUAUGAACUUUACAUUUUUGUCUAGAUUUACCGAUUUAACCUGAUCUCAGAACCUCUAUAUUUCUUACUUAUGUUAUCUCAUGUAUAUUGUUUGAUGUGAAUAAAUACUCAAAAAGUUUAUA